AUGCAAAACUAUCGAGACCUUGGGACCCUCUACCUGAGGUCGCCACUUGAGACUCCCUCAUCAAUGAAGAUACCUAGAGGCAUGACUUCGACCUCUGGAAAGGUCAUAAGAGGUCCUUCAGGUGUUCUAAUUCUUGUAGAUCCCUCCAGUUUUGCUGGUGAAUCAACGGUGAUGGAAACUUGCUGUGCAACAUUGAAAUCUACAGCCCACUUGACAACAGGAAGGAAAACUGGUUCUGGGUAUGGAGAAACUGGGUUUUGGGGUGACAAGAUCAGAGGAAGUUUAAAUAACCCUAGUUGGGUUAAUAAUAUUGGGAAAAUUUUGAAUCUUGAGAAGAAGGUGAAGAAAAUUAAAUCUGGGGUUGCUUUUUCUGUACUCACCAGAGAAAAUGAUAAAGAAACUCUGACAGUACCAGCACCAAGAAUCGAGAGACCCAGGGCGAAUCCAAAGAAUGUAGCUGCAAUCAUUCUGGGAGGAGGCGCCGGGACUCAACUCUUCCCACUUACAAGCAGAGCUGCAAUUCCAGCAGUUCCGGUAGGAGGAUGCUAUAAGCUGAUUGACAUCCCAAUGAGCAACUGCAUUAACAGUGGCAUCAACAAGAUCUUUGUGCUGACCCAAUUCAAUUCAGCUUCUCUAAAUCGUCACAUUUCUCGGACGUAUUCUGGAAAUGGUGUCAACUUUGGAGAUGGAUUUGUUGAGGUAUUGGCCGCAACUCAAACUGCAGGAGAAACAGGAAUGCAAUGGUUCCAAGGAACAGCAGAUGCUGUUAGGCGAUUCAUAUGGAUGUUCGAGGAUGCUAAGGCAAAAGAUAUCGAUAACAUAUUGAUACUAUCUGGUGAUCAUCUCUAUAGGAUGGAUUAUAUGGACUUUGUGCAGAACCAUAUUGACCGAAAUGCUGACAUUACUCUUUCAUGUGCACCAGUAGGUGAAAGUCGAGCGUCGGAUUUUGGGCUGGUGAAAAUUGAUAGCCGAGGUCGGAUUACCCAAUUUGCUGAAAAACCCAAAGGCACUGACCUGAAAGCAAUGCAAGUGGACACCACAAUCAUAGGAUUGUCUCCACAGGAUGCUGUACAAUCUCCAUACAUUGCUUCAAUGGGAGUAUACGCGUUUAGGACAGAUGUAUUAUUGAAGCUCCUGAGGUGGAGAUACCCUACAUCGAACGACUUUGGAUCGGAAAUUAUACCUUCUGCUGUGAAGGAGGAAAAUAUGCAAGCGUAUAUAUUCAGAGACUACUGGGAAGACAUUGGAACUAUAAAAUCAUUUUAUGAUGCUAAUCUGGCUCUUGCAGACGAGUUUCCAAAAUUUGAGUUUUAUGAUCCGAAGACGCCUUUCUACACAUCUCCGCGCUUUUUACCACCAACAAAGAUUGACAGAUGCAAGAUUAAAGAUGCAAUAGUUUCACACGGUUGUUUCCUGCGAGAAUGCAUCAUUGAACACUCCAUAGUCGGUGAACGCUCUCGACUAGACAUUGGCGUUGAAUUAAAGGAUUCCUUAAUGAUGGGGGCUGACUAUUACCAAACAGAAUCUGAAAUUGCAUCUCUUCUAGCAGAAGGGAAAGUCCCUAUGGGGAUUGGAGAAAACACGAAAAUCAGGAACUGCAUUAUUGACAAGAACGUGAAAAUAGGAAAAGACGUGAUUAUCAUGAAUAAAGAUGGUGUACAUGAAGCCGAUAGACCAGAUGAAGGAUUCUACAUUCGGUUGGGAAUCACUAUCAUACCAGAGAAGGCUACGAUCAACGAUGGAACAGUCAUAUAA